AUGCGACCAGGCAUCCAGCGCGAGAUGGAAGUCAUGUAUCAGCAGCCACAUCUUGUACCACCAAUGAAGAUGACUAUCUGGGAUGAGAUGCCUCCUACACCACCACCAUCGAUGCCUACCAAAUGGAUGUCACAUGGCAGGGAUCUCGCUUCACGGGCCUCCGAGCGCGCAAGCCAGACUUUUCGGCGACACACUCCGUUGCGACCGUCGAUCUCCAGCCCAAUGCCAGUGGUGGUUCCUCGCAAUGCUAGCCCAAUUCGCCGCCGAUCAUACAGACCCCUGGAGCUCAGUAUCUAUCUUCCAAACAACCGACUGUCGGACCUUCCCGACUUUGAUGCUGUCAGUUUCAUUGACUCGGGCGAGAUCAGGAUGCCCCCUAGGGCGCUUCUGAGAGCGAGGUCGGUGGAAGUCGUCCCAUCCGAGUUGCCAGCAAGAGCUCUACCAGUCAAGCCAGCCUCCAUGUUUGAGAGACGUAGAUCGCUCAUGAGACGAGACACCGUGGUCUCUCACAUCUCGGAUUCAAGACCGUCAUCGUCCUACGAGGCGCUACACAGCCAUCCUGUAUCAUGGGUCGCGCUCCCAGGAGGUGAGCCACAGAUUGAUAUGGCUUCUAAACCACAAAACCCCGUGACGGUACUCAGUCCCAUGCAAGAAGAAUUCACGCCACCUUGUACGGCGAGCCUGAUUCAUGGUAUGGUCAUGGAUUUCCCUAAGAUCGAGGCCAGCCGUGCGAAUGCUCGACAUUCAGCUUUGAAUCCUCCCGCGCCAUCGCCGAAAGUCUUCGGCUGGCAAGGGCAUCAGGAUGAGCCCGUCGAGCUUCCUGCUACCCCAGUGCCCGCUUCUGGGGCCAUCUCGAAGCCAGCGCAGGAGCCUGAGUGUGAGCCUGAGCACACUUCCGAGCCCGAAUUUCAUGUCAAGAAGGUGCCACAAUAUUCAGCAUCUGCAUACCAAAGCCAAAGACGUGUGUCGCAGUGGCUCGGUGGUCGGUCUCAUUCUGGAUCCGUCAGCACCAUCGGCUCCAACAGCACCACGUCGUCUUUUGCCGAGCACCGGAAGAAGAGGUCACAGUUUUAUUUGCUAUCCGCCAACCAGUACUCUCCACCACGGCCGCUCAAGCUGGCCAAGCCAGCUCACCAACAUCAUCGAACAACGACUGUGUCUACUAUGGCCAGCACAGUCGAAACAGUCACAUCGGAUUAUGACGAUAUCGAAAGCAUGACCACCGCACCCACCACGACCGAUCUGCAGAGCCGCAGCGGGACAAUCAAAAGUGUCAGCACUGCAACAGGUCUGGCACCUAUGGGACUUAGGCCAAUCGUGUCCGGCAUCCCAGAUCUGCCCUCGGACUAUGACGAGGUAGUCGCGGUUGCGGAUAAGGACAUGGACGCACACGUGGUGAUCAGAGAAAUCAACGGCCCCUUGCGGAGUCCAAUUGGGAUUGCGUUCUGA